CAACCGGGCCAGCAGGACGGCCAGAGCAACCUCCAGUUCGAGGAGAACCUCAACGACAUCCCGCAGGCUCUCUACGACGGCGCCAACGGCCCUGCCGCCCCCGGAGCAGGCGGUCCUCAACCCGCCAUCGCCGCCUUCCCCUCGGUCCUCAACGGCGCUCCUCCGACCCCGCAGUUCGCCCCUGCGCCCGGCAUCCCGGUCAACAUGGCGCCGCAGAUGAUGCCCGCGCUCGCGCAGCCCCUCAACCCGGACGGCACCCAGCCGCCGCCCAAGCGGCCGCGCGGCCGGCCCCGCAAGGUGCCCGGCACCGAGAACCGCACGCCUGGCGGCGCCGGUGCGGCGGCGGGAGGUGGUGCGGCGGGCGCGAGCGGCGCAGAUGGGAGCGGGCGCGGCAAGGCCAAGGCGCGUGGGAGGGGAAGGGGCAGGGGCCGUGGGCGUGGGCGCGGCGGCAAGCGUGCGAGGGUCAGCAGCGACGAGGAGGACUAUGGGCCCGACUUGAGCUCGGCCAACAACUCGGAGGCCGAGGGCGACGACGACGGCGACGACAAGAGCGUCGACUUGAACCACGAGGUCGACGACGACUUCGGCAGCAAGCCCAAGCCGACGACCAAGUUCGGCCGCAAGAUCUCCAAGCCCAAGUCGUUCGUGCCGACCAACAAGCCGACGAUCGUGCGCAAGAAGCGCGCUCGCCCCAUCAUCAACCUCGACGCGAACCUCAUGUGCGAGGUCUGCCACCAGGGUCACUCGCCGCCCGAGAACCGCCUCGUCAUCUGCGAGGCGUGCAACAAGGGCUACCACCAGCUGUGCGCCGUCCCGGCCAUCGAGGCGUCCGUCGUCGACUCGACCCUGCCCUGGUUCUGCUCCGACUGCGACGCCAAGAUCGCGGCGACCAAGGCGGCGCUCGACGUCGGCCAGGGCGGCGAGGACGAGUGGACGACGGGCGCCGGCGAGGACAAGGGCGAGGGCAAGGAGGGCGAGAGGGACGACGAGUACGCGGACGAGGUCAAGCGCGAGUGGCUCGAGGGCUUGCCGCUGCGCACGCUCGUUGGGUACAUCCUCAGCAUCGAGAAGACCUUUGCUCCUCAAGUCUUGUCCGCCUCGUCCACCUCGUCCCUCCCCAUCUGGCCCCGCAACCUGCCCGCCACCCUCGAGGAGACCAAGCAGGCCCGCCUGCGCGAGGAAGCCGAGCGCCAAGCGGCCCUCGACCGCCAGGCCGAGGAGCUCGCCGCCGCCAUGGCGGCCGCGAGCGGCGCCGCGACGCCGAGUGUCGCCGGUACGGGCGACGAGGGCGCCGCGAGCCGCGCCGCGAGCGAGGUCGCCGCCGGGCAGCACUUGCCGUUCGGCGUGACGCUGCCUGGGGACGCGCCGGCGCGCACGGCUGCGAGUCGCAGGAAGGAGGUGGGCGACGGCGUCGGGGCCAACGGCGCGCUCGACGCGGCGGCGACGGGCGCGGGCGUGGGCGCGUCGUCGUCGUCGUCGUCGGCGUCGGGCGUCCCGGGUCGGCCGCAGCAGCAGCAGCAGCAGCAGCAGCCGCCGCCGUUCGCGACGUCGUCGUCAACCGCCCAGCAGCAGCAGCAGCAGCAGCAGCGCAACGCGCAGCCGGCCUUCCUCCGCCAGCCGUUCCACACCGUGCCCGCCCUCGGCGACGGUUCGGCCUCGCCGCAGAGCUACGGCUCGGGCAGCGGCGCCGGCGACAUCCCUGUCGGCGGCUCGUCCUCGGCGCCGGCGUCGUCCCAGCAGCAGUCGCAGCAGCAGCAGCAGGCGCAGCAGCAGCAGGCCCAGGCGCAGGCCCAGGCGCAGCAGGCGCGCUACGCGGCGUACAACCCGCAGGCGCAGCUCGGCGCGCUCGGCGGCCUCGGUGGGCUCGGUGGCGUCGGGGCCGGCGCGGGCUACGGCGCGUACGCGGCGUACGGCGCACCGCAGGGGAGCCCGUACGGGCUCUACGGCGCGGGUGCGCAGGGCGGCGCUGGAGGAGCCGGCGGCGCGCAGUGAGCGGGCGUGCGUGUGCCGCCGCUCGGUCGGUCGACGACGGCGAGGCGGCGAAAAGGCGGCGGGGCUCGCUGCGCUCGAAGAGGAGGGGGAGGAGGACGCGAGGCGAUGGAGGAUGGUCUCGACGCUUGUUCCCCUUCUCCUCCUUCUCCCUUUUCUUUCUUCUUGGUCUCCCCUCUCUCUCUCUUCCCUUGUCUUCGCUCUGUUCGCUUUGUAGUCCCCUUCCCCUUCUCGCUUGGUAGGAACCUCCCGAGUCGUCCACGGACGGCGUCGGACGCGCUUGAAACUGACCCUGCACGACUAG